CUCCUCCAAGGUUGAACAUCAAAAGAAUCCCGGUUUCUUUGGACUACUGAACAGGCGCCUCUGAAGCUCAAUCUGUAACGGCUAGAAUUGGAGUAGUAAGUAAUAUCGUCAAAUUUAUUUUUAUAAAACCAGUAAAGGAAAAUGGAAGAAGGUGCUAUCAACACGCCUGAUUAUGGAAGACAGAAGGCAAAGGUGAGAAUUGCGAGUGAAAGGACUUCUUCCAUUGAUCAACCAAGAUUAUCUUCUACAACAGAGUGUUCCCCCUACAGCUCCAGUCUUCGUUCAACAACAUCGGACGCAUUUGCGUCAUUAGAUGCUGCCACGUCCCAAGCAGAAUUCGUGCAGACAAAUGCAGGGGAGCCAACCCCAAGUGAGGAUUUUGAACCUGAAUCUGUGCAGAUUUAUAUAGGGGAGCUAAGCCCAAUGAAAAGGACAUUAGAUGAAUGUCGUGGCCCGUGUCGUCCACUCCUUCAAGCUGCCAUAAAAGGUGAUUGGUCGGCUGCUGAGGCUUUUCUUAAGGAAAACCGAGACUAUGUUCGAGCUCCCAUAACGAAAGAGAAAGCGACAACACUUCACAUUGCGGCGGCUGCACAACACACCGCUUUUAUAACAGAAAUGUUGAAAUUGAUCGUGAGUACUCCGAAGGACUUGGAAUUAAUGAAAACAACAUCUGGAUUUACGGCCCUUCACUCUGCUGCUCAAUCAGGAAACGUCAGAAUUGCUGAGCAGCUGGUGGAAAUGAACAAUAAACUGCUAUCGAUCAAGGAUGUCAAUGAAGACACACCACUCAUUGUUGCAGCUUAUCUAGGACAUACGAACAUGGUCUCGUAUCUAUUCGCUCUGACUGGUCUUGAACAUUUGACUGAUGGAAAACGCACUGAGCUCCUUGAGUAUACUAUUUACAAUGAUAUGUUUGAUGUAGCAUUGAAAAUUUUGCAUAUGGAUCCAAACAUAGCAAGUGCCAGCACUGAAUGCUGGUUGGGAGCGUUGAAAAUGUUGGCCCGAAAACCUUUAGCAAUUGGCAGCGAAAGUCAGCUAUCAUCUUGGAAAAGUCUCUUAAAGUAUUCAUGGUUCAAAGGGAUCUAUAACAAAGCUUUGAUGAAGACAUUAGCCCAUCAAUUAGUUGAAGAACUUUGGGAGAAGGUUGGAAUUCCAGACAAACAGUUCUCAUCAAACUUGGUUAACAAUAAUAUGGCUUUAAUUUUUGAAGCUGCAAAAGUUGGAAAUGUUGAAUUUCUAAUUAUACUUGCACGCUCUUAUCCCGACCUUAUAUGGCAACAAGACAAAAAUAAAAUGAGUAUAUUUCACAUUGCUAUUUUAUAUCGACACGAGAGUGUGUUCAAUCUAAUAUUUGAGAUAGGUGCUGACAAGGAUAGUCUUGCAUCCUAUGCUGCUUUAAAAACCAAAGAGAACAUGUUGCAUUUAGCUGGAAAAUUGGCUCCUUCAGAUCGACUAAAUAUCGUAUCAGGAGCGGCCCUUCAAAUGCAACGAGAGUUGUUGUGGUUUAAGGAGAUAGAAAAAAUUGUGCCGCGGUCAUACGUGAACAGGAAGAAUUCAAAAGGCCAAACACCUAAGGAGAUCUUUAUAAAGGCACAUAAAAAUUUGCAGAAAGAUGGUGAAAAGUGGAUGAAGGACACAUCAAAGUAUUGCAUGCUCGUGGCAUCAUUGAUUGCUAUUGUGAUUUUUGUUGCAACCUUCACUGUAGCAGGUGUCAGCAAACAAGAAACAGGGACUCCUAUUUUUGUGAAAAGUAACUGGUUUAUGGUAUUCUUCAUUUCAGAUGCAAUAACACUGUGUUCCUCUUCAACUUCAAUAGUAAUAUUCUUGUCAAUUCUCAUGUCACGUUACACAGAAGAUGAUUUCUUAAAGUCAUUACCUUCAAAGUUGAUGAUUGGACUUGCUACACUCUUCAUCUCCAUGGCGGGCAUGAUGGUAGCCUUCAGCGCAACUUUCUUUUUGGUGUAUACAAGCGCAAGGGCAUGGGCUCCGGUUGUUGUCAUCACUUCAGCUAUUAUCCCGAUUAUUUCAUUUGUUCUACUACAUGGUCAACUUUGGAUUGAUACAUUCCUCUCAACAUACAAGUCUAAAUUUAUUUUUCGGCCAUAUAAAAAUAGGCUUUUCUAGCGGAAGAUGCCGAUUGGGAAAUUGAUCAACUGAAAAUACGAAAUGAAAGGCAAACGAAUACUGGAAGUUGAGAUUGGAAGAGAUGACACUCCUAUUUGGAAGUCCUCUACUGGGAAUUAUUCUUGUUCUCAAACUUGGGAGCAGAUUAGA